CAAGCUGCAUACGCCCAAGUUGCUGCAUACGGACAAUGUGGAGGCAGUGCAUACUCAGGAAGUUCAACCUGCACAUCAGGGUACUACUGUACCUCCCAAAAUCCAUGGUACUACCAGUGUGUCCCGGGGACUGCAACAGCUAGCACGACAUCGAAAUCGACAACAGCCACAAUUGCUACAACUACGACUACAACAUCAACGACGUCCACGAGCAAGACUACCACAACAGCCACGUCAACGUCAACAAAGUCAACCACCACUGCAACUGCAACGACAUCUACUAAAACCACUACUUCUACAGCCACUUCAGCGGCCGCCAGCUGCACGGGAUCGUUUAGUUCAAUUUCCGCAUCCGACUUUGUUGCCAGCCUUCAUCCUGGAUGGAAUUUAGGUAACACACUUGAUGCCACACCGGAUGAAGGAUCCUGGAACAAUGCUCCUGUCGUCGCAUCCACAUUUGAAGAUGUUCAAGCAGCGGGCUUCAAGAGCGUUCGACUCCCAGUAACUUACGCAUAUCAUUUCACGGGAAGUUCACCUGACUGGACAAUUGAUCCAGACUGGUUGCAGCGUGUUUCUGAUGUAGUUGACAUGAUCACGUCUCUUGGACUGUAUACUAUUGUCAAUGCACACCAUGAUUCAUGGAUCUGGGCCGAUGUCACUCAGUCAGAUGCUAACAUUACAAUGAUCGAAGAGAAAUUCUACAGACUCUGGUAUCAAGUCGGCACAACAUUAGCUUGCAAGUCGAGUCUUGUCGCCUUUGAGCCCAUCAACGAGCCCCCAUGUGACGAUGCUGAUGAUGCGACGGAAAUCAACAAACUCAACAAAAUAUUCCUCCAGGCAAUCAAUGAUGCAGGUGGUUUUAAUUCCCAACGAGUCGUCACUCUUGUCGGAGGUGGUGAGGACAGUGUCAAGACAUCUGAGUGGUUUGUGGCACCAUCUGGAUUUCCCAACCCGUAUGCCAUUCAAUUCCACUAUUACAGCCCUUAUGAUUUCAUCUUCAGUGCAUGGGGCAAGACGAUUUGGGGAUCUGAUUCCGACAAAGCCACAGUUCUAUCCGACCUCCAAUUACUUCGAGACAACUUCACGGACGUACCCAUUGUCCUUGGUGAAUAUGAUGCAUCUCCUACUAACACGGAGCCCGCCGCCCGAUGGAAGUAUAUCGACUAUUUAAUUCGAAACGCUCUUGAGCUGGACAUCUCCUUCAUUCUAUGGGAUAAUGGCUUGGAUCAUCUAGAUCGAGACACUAAUACGUGGCGCGAUCCGAACUCCAUUUCAAUGAUCACUAAGUCAACCGAGUCAACAGAAAAUAGCCUACCCGACAGCACCGAAGAUUCUACUGCGACUACCCAGUGGUCCUCCGCCUAUAUAUUCCAUGAGUAUGGAACUUCAGUUGUCGCGCAAAGUCUUCCAUUUAUUUUCAAUGGAAACACGCUUUCAUCAAUCAGUGAUUCCACCGGCUCGACUUUAGUAUCCGGAACGGACUACUCAGUCUCGGGAUCCAACAUCACCUUCACUGCCUCUUACCUUUCGAAACACCUCUCAGCAACGACUUCUCCAGGCAUUAUUGCGAAUCUGACUUUGAAGUUCUCCGGAGGUGAUUCCUCGCCCAUAGUCCAGAUCGUUCAAUGGAAAACGCCCACUGUAUCAUCAACAUCGGCGGUGGCAUCAUCAGUUUCCGGCGCAGAUUUAUAUAUUCCCAUAACCUGGGGUGGUCUUCCAACAGUGGCUGCAGUUAAAGCAAUGACUACGAGUGGUGUAUACCUGGUCGAUACUUGGACCGUAUACCUUGGUCCGAUUCAGCAGGCCAGAACUACUUAUAGUAGCCAGUACAACUGGGAUUCCUCGGACGUGAUUUUGACCUCAUCAGCUAUUAGCUCUGUUAUCUCGGCAGGGGUUACGACUGUGUUCACUUUUGAAUUUUUUCCUCGCGAUAAUGGGGCUGUGAAUGCAGUGAACUUUACCUUGACUGUUUAA